UGAGAAACUAAAGAGUGCAGAGCCUUCCUUUUUCCUUUGUGUGAGAGAGGUAAAACCAGAGAGUUGAGAGCUGAGUGUUCUCCUCCUUUCUUGAUGCCCUUUGUGUGGAACCUUGGGAGUGUAAACAUGUUGAGUGGUGGAGUUAGCCAUGGGAUUUGGUUCUUAACAGCUAUCUGUAAAGGGUCUGGCCUUGGAGCAACUAUUCUUAUUGGCUUUCGUCAAGUUUGGAUUCUGUGUACGGGUGACCAGCGUGCCAAGCCGCCAUGUAACUGCAGCGUACUAUUUCCCAAUUCCAGUGGAUUCCACUACACCUGUUUAUGUGCCUCUUCCCUCGUAGGAAGUGUAGUGCUUGUGGCCGGGGGCCAGGCUAAAGGGUAUUUCAUUGGAGCAGCAUUCUGUUGCGUCAUGGACCUCAUCUUUCUCAGUUUGUACUACUACCGCAUGACUAGAGACUCUUCAUCAACAAAUGCUUAAGGAGUAUUCAAAUGAGUUCAUUCUACAAGUCUACAUAUAUAGACUUAUGUUACUUUUGCCUAUGUCAAAUCUUUCUCGGUGUAUAUUACAGCAAGACUAGAGACUCUUCAUCAGCAAAUGCUCGAGGCAACAUUGAAAUGAGUUAAUUCUAUAAAUGCAUGACAAGCAAACCAAUAUAUAAUUUAUCCAAUAUUUAACGAGUCUACAAAGACUGAUGUAAUUUUCGCCCAAGUCAAAUCCGAGUUUAUCAUUUUCGGUUUACUAAGUUAGU